CUCUUCUCGGCGGUGACAGAAAAUCAAAAACAUCAAUGGCCUCUCUUCUCUCACCUCUCCGCUUUCGCCAUUUUCUAUACAGAAGGCCUAAACUUAAACCCCCUUAUCCACUCUCCUCCAUACCUUCUUCCGCUUCUUUCAAACCCCUCCUCAAACUGCGCCCUCGCUUCCCUCCCUAUUUACACUCCUGCCACUGCUCCUUCACCGCCUCUUCCCCACUCGCAGACUCCGACUACAAAACCCAGACGCUGCUGCUUCUCGGCAAAGACGAGCGAGCAGCAGUAGUGACUGGGUCCCAGCCGCAGCCGGAGAGCGCGAGCACAAUCGCCGCCAUUGUGACGUCAGUUGGGGGCCCACCCGGCGCGGUUGGGAUCGUGCGGCUGUCCGGUCCGUCCGCGGUGGCCGUCGUCGGCCGCGUGUUCCGUCCGAGCAAGAAAAAGAGAAAGAGCAAGAGCUCUGGUGCUGAGCCGUGGCGACCCACUAGUCAUGUGAUCGAAUACGGCGUCGUUUUGGACCCCAACGGCAAUGUCGUCGACGAGGUUUUAGCUGUGCCAAUGUUGGCCCCGAGAUCAUAUACACGUGAAGAUGUGGUGGAGCUUCAAUGCCAUGGGACUCAAGUGUGUCUGAACCGGGUUCUCAGAGCUUGUUUAGAAGCUGGAGCAAGGCUUGCGGAACCAGGUGAGUUUACUUUGCGUGCUUUUCUCAAUGGCCGCUUGGACCUGACCCAAGCUGAAAAUGUUGACAAACUCAUUUCGGCCAAGUCUGUGGCUGCAGCAGAUGCAGCACUGGCCGCGAUUCAGGGUGGCUUUUCUUCCAUGGUAAAAUCUGUAAGAUUUCAGUGCAUUGAGUUGCUUACUGAAAUUGAAGCCCGGUUAGAUUUUGAUGAUGAGAUGCCACCGCUUGAUAUCAAUGAAGUUGUAAAUAAAAUACAUUCCAUGUCACAAGAUGUUGAGAGUGCUCUAGAGACGGCCAAUUAUGACCAACUUCUGCAAUCUGGAUUACAGAUAGCAAUUCUGGGCCGUCCAAAUGUUGGGAAAUCAAGCCUCCUCAAUGCAUGGAGCAAAACUGAGAGAGCUAUAGUUACAGAAGUUGCUGGGACCACUCGGGAUGUGGUUGAAGCCAGUAUUACAGUUAGUGGUAUUCCUGUAACCCUUCUUGAUACAGCAGGCAUCAGGGAAACCGCUGACAUAGUGGAGAAAAUUGGGGUGGAGAGGUCUGAAGCAGUUGCUAUGGGUGCUGAUGUCAUUAUUAUGGCAAUAAGUGCUCUUGAUGGCUGGAGUCCAGAAGACUCUGAACUUCUUGACAGAAUCCAAUCUAACAAGAAAUCGACUGGAUCUUCAACCCCAAUGAUCCUUGUAAUUAACAAAAUAGAUUGUGUUGCAUCUGAUUGCUUGGAGCGGGUUCAAAAAAAUGUCGGUUCUUUCAAUAAGCGUGUCUUGACAUCUGCCAUCACUGGUCAAGGAAUCCAAGAUUUGGAGAAGGCAAUAUUAGAUAUUGUUGGUCUCAACAAAUUUCCUGCAGGGAGUCGAAGGUGGACUGUGAACCAGAGACAAUGCGAGCAGCUUGUCCGAACCAAAGAGGCUCUUGCAAGGUUGAAAUCCUCUAUAGAGGAGGAAAUUCCUUUUGACUUCUGGACGAUUGAUUUGAGGGAAGCUGCAAUGGCCCUUGGCCAAAUAAGUGGAGAAGACAUUUCGGAGGAGGUUUUGACCAAUAUUUUUGGCAAGUUCUGCAUUGGUAAAUAGAAGAGCUAGAAAAUGUAUUGAUCUGUAGAAAGUUUUGUACUAUGUUAGAUACUUAGAUAUUAAGGGAUAGACGAUUCUUUAUCAUGAACAAUAAAGUUCAUAAGAAAUUUUUGAUGGAAUUACAAUGUCAUGAAUUCUCUUUUGUUUUA